AUGAGAGCGCUCGGCGUUAUCCGGCUCACCAUGAGAUGCUGGGUUUUCUUCUUUCUCUCCACCUUGCCUUGGACCGCUCUCUCGGAAGGUGGUGAGCGCGGGAGCGUCAUGUGGCGCGGCGACUCUUUCGCCGUGGAGGACGCUUCCUCUUCUUUCCUGGCAUCGCCCAGCGGCAACUUCUCGUGCGGAUUCCGCCAGGUGGCCACGAACGCCUACACGUUCGUUAUCUGGUUCACGGCCUCGGCCGACGCCACCGUUGCUUGGACGGCCAACCGCGACGCCCCUGUCAAUGGUAGGGGCUCGCGAGCCGAGCUCCGGCGUGAUGGGUCGCUGGUGCUGCAGGACUUGGACGGCCACGUCGUGUGGAACACCAACAUCAGCACCACGAGCGCGGACCGCGCGGAGCUCCUCGACUCCGGCAACCUCGUGCUGUUCGACGAGUCCGGGCGCACGCUGUGGCAGAGCUUCGACUGGCCCACGGACACGCUCCUCCCGGGGCAGCCCAUCACGCGGUACCGGCGGCUGGUGUCGGCGUCAGCCAGGGGCCUGCCAUACUCCGGCUUCUACAGCUUCUACUUCGACAGCAACAAUAUCCUCAACCUCAUGUACGACGGCCCGGAGAUCAGCAGCAACUACUGGCCGAACCCCUUCAGCAAGUGGUGGGAAAACGGCCGGACGGCGUACAACAGCACGCGCUACGGCAGCCUAGACGUGCGUGGCCGCUUCUCCGCCAGCGACAAUCUGCAGUUCGACGCCUCCGACAUGGGCGCCCACGGCGUCAUGCGGCGCCUCACGCUCGACUACGACGGGAACCUCCGCCUGUACAGCCUCGACGUCUCCGGCGCGGGAACGUGGCAAGUCACGUGGGCGGCCCUCUCAAAUCCCUGCGACGUGCACGGGAUCUGCGGCCGGUACGGACUGUGCACGCAGACGCAGGGGUUGGGCGGUGCCGGGGCGCCGGUGUGCUCGUGCCCGGAGGGGUUCGUCGUCGCCGAAGCCAGCGACUGGAGCAAGGGUUGCCGGCGCACAUUCGACGUGCGGUGCGGCGAGGACGUCUACUUCGCCAAGAUGCCAGGCGCGGACUACUCGGGCUUCGACCUCAACUACACCAAGGCCCUCACCUAUCACGAGUGCCGCCAGAUCUGCCUCGACGACUGCAACUGCGAGGCGUUCGGCUACAAGCACGGCGGCGGCGGCAAAUGCUACACUAAGAUC